AUGUCCAUUCUAGUAUGUUCCGGCGUCCGCAUGACAGUUACCACCACCACAACAACUCUACCACCGCCGCCAUCCCCGACACCUGUCACUAUGGCCUACAGUCCCGAGCUGCCAACGGCGCCGCCACAUGUGUGUGCAGAGGCCACCAGUUCUAUAUCACCACUGGGCAGACUCCGCAGUGCAAUGAGGGACAUCAGCUACGUCCAGAAGAACGUUUUAGACGCCUUCAUUAUAUUCUACACGGACGAGCAUUUGAGUGAAGAACCGUCAGCAGAUGAACGCCGAUUGGAAUACUACAGUGGUUGGGACGGCCCGGGCACAGCUGUGGUGCUGGCAGACGGCGACGCGGCUAUCUGGGUGCCAGCUGGCGAUACGCGGCGUGCUCGCGCCGUGCUCUCCUGCGCAUGGCGCGUGCUCGACUCUGACAACCCGAGCCAGACCAGCAUCUCUGAAUGGAUCACUAAAUAUGCGCCUCGCAGCGCUCGCGUGGGAGCUGACGCGCGACUUACCUCGAUCAACGAAUGGCAGACUCUUUAUGGCAACCUCCAACGAGAGGGCAUGCAGCUUAUCGCCAUUUCCACCCUCCUCGAUCAGCUGUGGAACGAGGAGCUCGACCCGGAAAAGCGGAGACCGGAAGUCAAUAGAGUAGUUGCUAAAUUGCAUAAUUCCUCGUACACAGGUUUAACAUGGCGUCAAAAAGUUGAACUUGUCCGCAACGAGCUUAAGCUAAUUGGCGCUGAAGCAAUGGUGGUGACCGCUCUAGACGAGGUUGCGUGGCUUCUCAACAUUCGUGGACGGGACCUGCCCUAUGCACCACUUCUGAAGGCUUUCGUCGUAGUCAGUAUACGAGAGCUACGAGUAUAUGCACCGCCUGGGAAGCUGUCCAUGCCUGUCCGCGAAGCGCUUGCUGUGUACAACUGCUUUCCCAAUUCUAACAACUGCACCAGGGUGAAGGACUACACUGAGAUAUAUGCAGAUUUAAGAAAAGCUACGGAGCCAAAGAUUCUCAUACCGGUCGAAGGGACUUUCCAAAGGGGCGCAUCGGCUGCUAUUGCCCAAAUUAUUCCCCUAGCCAAAAGAAUGUUUCAACCAUCGCCGAUACUAUACUUUAAAGCGCAGAAGAAUCAAGCGGAGACAAUGGGAAUGCAUAAAGCUCACCUACGCGACGCUGUAGCCAUGUGUACCGUCCUGAGUUAUAUGGAGAUUGUGGGGAAGUCUGGGUUAAACGAGGUGACCGUAGCGACGAAGGUGGACAUGACCCGAGGCACGCAGGCUGGCUACGUCGGUCUUUCCAUGCAGACGCGCGUCGCUUUCGGGCCCAACGGUGCCGAGCCGGAAUACAAAGCUACGAUUUCCACGAACAGGAGGAUUUUCCCCAACUCUACGCUUGUUAUACAGUCGGGAGGACAGUACUACGAAGGAACAACGGCAGUAACGCGUACUCUACACUACGGGGUACCGACAAGAGACGAACGCAAAGCGUACACGACUGUGCUGCGCUCGCUUGCAGCGUUGGCCACGCUGCAGACACCAGCAACGCUCCCGGCCGCGCAUACUGACCCAGUUGCCAGAGCUCCCUUGUGGGCCUACAGGCAGGACUAUACUCCGCCUACCGGCUACGGGAUGGGGGCCGCUUUGAACAGGAAAGAAGAUCCAGUUGUGAUUGACUACAGACAAGACGUUAAUUUGCAUACGUUUAGAGAAGGCUACUUCAUUACAACCGAGCCAGCUUGGUACGAGGCGGGUAAGUAUGGGGCGAAGUUAGGGAAUGUCCUGGAAGUUUUACCACGGCCUGGCGGAUAUCUGGGUUUCCGGGAAGCGACGCUUAUACCGUACGAAUACAAAUUAAUUGACAGGAACUUGCUCACAGAGUACGAGAUUAAAUGGCUAAACGCAUACAACGACCGAAUAAGGAAAACUGUGGGUCCAGAGUUGAAGGAUCAGGGCCUCACCGACGUGUAUUACUGGAUGAUGAACAAGACAAUCCCGAUAGAGUCGCCUAGAGCUAAGAAGAAUGAUCAUAACUCAGGUUCAUCUCAUAGAUCUUGUUUAGAAAUAAUUCUGAUAUACGUCGCUGUUGCCUUAAGCUAUAGGCGCAACUUUAACUAG